AUGUUCCUUCGCAGCCCAAUUCUUCGCCUUGCACAAACCCAACGCAAAUACGUUCGUGUACUACCCGAAGCAAUCACCAAACCCAUCUCCAACAUCAUGUCUUCCGAUGCACCUGAGCCCACUGGCCUGAAGGCCAAUAAGGGUCUUGAGCUCUUGACUUUCGGCACUCCCAAUGGUCACAAGAUUACAAUCUUCCUCGAGGAGUUGAAGGAGGCCUAUGGCAAGGACUAUAUCUACCAGAGCAUCAACAUUAUGAAGAACACACAAAAGGAGCCUUGGUACACAAAGUUGGGACCCAAUGGUCGUAUUCCUGUUCUUGUUGAUCAUGACAAGGGUGGUCUCGCGAUCCAAGAGGGUGCUGCCAUCCUUGCAUACCUUGCUAGACACUACGACUCGGAGAACAAGUUCUCCUUCAAGGAGGACCCUCAACUGUCUUACCAAGAACAAUGGGUCGCUUGGCAGCACGGCGGUCUAGGUCCUAUGCAAGGUCAAGCCAACCACUUCUUCAGACUGGCGCCCGAGAGAAUCCCCUACCCCACCCAGGUACGCAAACAUAGACUUUCCGGACUUUGUCCCUUGUCCUCCAUCCAUCAAGGUUCGGACUCGCAUACUGACCGCCUUUUGUGUCACAUANNGCGCUACGUAGGUGAGACGGAACGUCUCUUCGGCAUUUUGGACAACCAGCUCAAGGAUAACUCCNNCUACCUCGUCGGCAACAAGUACUCGAUCGCCGACAUUGCAAACUACAGCUGGGUCAACUUAGCCUACUUCUCCGGUGUCAACCUCAGCAAGUUCCCCAACCUCGAGAAGUGGUGGAAGUCGAUCAACGAUCGCCCGGCAGUCCAAAAGGGUCAAGCCAUCCCUGGGCCCUCGCCCUACACCAAUGACAACUUCUUGCAAAAGCUCAAGGAUGACAAGGAGUUUGCGGACAAGAAUGCCGAGUUGGAAAGGCUCAGGGAUGAGGCGCAGAAGCAAUACAAGUACAAGUACUCGAGCCCUUAA